AUGUUGCCGUUGCCCGAGGUGAUACGGCUUUCGCUCCUCGAGACGGCACGGCUUUCCGAUGAGAAACUUCUGAAGCGCACGCACGGCGACAUUCUCGCAUCUCUCGAGGGGCCAUCAGAUGCACGGGUGGGCAGGGAUACCCUUGUUCUGUGUGCGGAGGUUGCAUUAAAGGUUGGAGCAACGACGAUCGCGACUCAGAUGCUCGACAUCUACUUUCUCGAGUCGAGCAAGUUCUGGUCCGAUGAUUCCGACAUCGGUCAGGUCGAGCUCAAAGAUCAGUACGUGUGCAGAGCUUGGUUCGCAAAGGCGCUGGUAUGUUCCGAGGAUGCCAAAGGUCUCACAGGUCAGGACCUUGUCACCGGGGUCGAGAGGGCUUUAAAUUGUCUCCUCGAAGGACUCAAGGUGGCACUCCAGGAUUCGCGAUACGUUUUCUUACUUUAUGACGCGAGCGUCCAUUACUGGAACAUCUCGAGACCAUUGCAGAAGAGUGGGACGCGGCGGCACCUCGUCGACGCAUCCACGUCAGUCAACGAUGCACUGCAGAAGGUCUCCGGUCAUGAGGAGUGGAAAGCACACCAUCUUCGAAUCCAUGCACUUUGUCUCAGCGAUGCUGGGAAAAAUGCUGAUGCUCUCAAAGUCGCUUCAGACGCCGUCGAUUUGUGCAAAGCGAAUGUCCCAGAGCUCUCAGUGUUGGCGAUCAAGGUGAAGUCACAUGUCAGCAGCUUAGAAGGUUUGAAGGAAGGAGGAGAUGGGGUGGACGGAGCCAUUGCCCUCAUGCAACAUGUGCGCUCCGGAGCAUGUGCAGAUAUUGAAGAUAUCAAGAACACUUUGAUUGAAGCUUGGAAAUUGGUCGAUCCAGCGGCAGAGAAGUUAGAAGCUGCAAAGGAUGAGUCCGCAGAGGAUGCUCAACUGGACAUCGUGGCUGAAAUCGGGUGGGUCGCAGCACAAAAUCAAGUACUAGACAUUGCGGCAUGGUGCCUAGAACGUGCGGCUGAUGAUUCCAGGCUUAUAUCUCGUGUUCGCGAUGAGAUGACAAGGGGUAUGAUUGCACUCCAUAACCUUGGAGAGAAGCGUGGUACUCUGGAUUCGGAAGCCGUAAGGGUUCACAAGGACGUCAUUCUUCAGGCGGAGAAAAGCCUUUCAACGUUUUCGAGGCUCCAGGACUUUGAUGGUAUACAUGACGCUUGCCAAAUGAUUUGGAUAGCCAGUCUACCGCUUCAGCAGAGCAAAUUUCGUCAUCACCUCACCCGUGUGCUCGGGGCAGCUGCGCUCGCGUUAGAAACAGUCGGAUCCUCUGCCAACAGGUUGCGGACUGCUUUGCACCUUGAGCUAGCAUACUGCUACAUUUCUGAAGACAUGGUUGGUCAAGCGAAAGCACAGGUCUCCAAGGGCCUCGCUAUCGAUUACGUUGCUCCGGCUGAAGAAAUCGAGAGCACGGGUUACGAGCGUCCGCUAGAUCGCUUCUUGGAUCCUUUGCACCGCAUGCUUUCCCUGAAGAGCAAAAUUCAUGAUGAUCCAGAUGACAUUGAGGAUCAAGCCUUGUUGCUCGCAGAACAAGCACGCGAUGCAAAAAGUGUGGAAAGCAAGACCGAUAUUCUGCAGCGCGCUGUCGACGCACUGAUGUCUCUGCAACCAGCGACCUUGCCUUCCGAAUCAGAUGAGAUGAGUACCGAGGAAAGGGAAAUGUGCCGUCGAUCCGCAAGGGCACGAAUAAACAUUUGGGGCUCUGUGAUCAAGGUCGCCAUGGACGCGAAGCAGAUAUCCAUGGUCCAUCGACUUGCAAAGAAUGUGGUUGAUACUGCCGGCUGGGAUUUGAUCAAGGAUAAGGACAUCAUCCUGUUGCAAGCUGAUGUCAACUUGCUUGAUGGUUUGGCGUCUUUUGACAUCCUUCGGUCUCGCGGCGAGCCUGUCAUUCCACCAAAUGAAAUCAACACGCAAGUUACCAUCUCGGCAGGAUCGACGGAAGAACUUCAAAACAACACGAUCGCCGCAUUUGUGAGGGCUAUGCAUCUUGGAGCUAGUGUAGGUGAGGACUGGGUGGUCAUGAAUGCGGCGGCGAAUGUUUGGAACAACUAUCUUGACGCUUUUACGGCACACAGGUACGCCGAAAUGUUACCAGCGACGGCGCCAGUGUUUGCAGAACUCUGCAAAAUUGAGAGUUGUGACAAGGUCUUGCUUGGAAACUUUGCUGACGCUCUGUCAUGUGGAUAUGAACAUGCCGCGUUUCUUUCUGUCACGGAUGCUGAUGAUACCAAAGAGGAUGGUGUGUUUGGUUACAAUUCACUGCGCUUGACCUUGAGGGACCACAAGUUUGAAGAUUCCCAGGAUGUUCAGCGUGGGAUCGAAACAUGCGAAUCCGUCCUCAAUCGAGUGGAUGAAAGAAACGCGCGCAAGCUAUCAGCGACACUCGCGAGGCUACACGCUUCGAUGGGUACUUCUUCUGAAGCCAAGGUUGAGGAAGAUCCUGUUGCGCAAGUUUCUGCGAUUAUCCAGCGUCUGACGCUUCCCGGUAGCGAUGAUGCCUCAAGUGACAUGCUGAACGAGGCUAUGACUCUGCUGCGACCGACUGAAGGUGAAAUACUUGGUGAUCUGGAAACAUGGGCGAGGCUCGGAGAGACAGCCUUGAAAGCCAAGGUAUAUGGGGCUGCGAUUGAGUGUGGCAAGCAAGCCGAGAUAUUUUUGAACAAAUUGACUCAGAGUGCCCCGUCCAUAAGCUGGUACUGGGGUGGUGUUGCUGAGAGUACAUUCGGUUGUGGUAUUCUUGCACUGAUCCGCCCUGAACAUCAAGAUCAGUCUACGCAGGAUACUUUAAGGGAGACAGCGUUCCAGCAUCUUGUGCAGGCGGCAAAGUGUGGAAGGCGAGCUAAUCGGAGUGACAUUGUUUCUUACGCGGCGAAGCAUUUUUGGAAUUCUGCAACAUCAUACAUGUCUUCGGCAACAACUCGGAGAAACAUCUUUGGUCAUCUCCAGGUUAUCAUUGACGCGUGCCGUGCAACGAAAGUCAGAGAUGACGGUUUGAUGAAGUUAAUGUGGGUCCUCUACUUCGAUUGUCUGGUAGAUAAGAAGGCUUGGACUGAUGGAAUCAAACAUAUAGAUGAGGCUUUCAAGAUGUUGCCUACCAGUGACCACCAGCGCCUCUGGGAGUACAAGGUUUUGUUUCUCUCUGCCACUGGAAGAAAAGCUGAAGAUGAGCUUGAUAUUCUUUCGUCGUACGAUGAAGAAACGCAAGCAAAGGUGUGGGCCGGAGUUGCUGUUCAAGCCACCUCAAAACUUGAGGGAAUGAAGGCGUACAGGAAAGCUAUAGACGUGCUCGUCAACAAUACCGCAAUGAGGGUUGACCUCAUGAUCGACUUUGCUGAUUGGAUGUAUGCCAAUGGUCAACCCGUAUCUGAUGCUGAGGAUUUACUUGUUUCUACACUUGAUAUUUUGCUGGAGACGGAUGCUGAAUCGAGUGGUGACAACAUGGACUGUGAAUCACUCGCCACACCUCAGCAGCUUGGGGUCACAGAGUUUUGCUUCAUUGUUCGGGUGUGUGUUAUGCUCUCCAGGAUGUCAGGGAGCAAUGUUGAACGCACUGAUUAUUUGUUGACAGCGCAACAUUAUGCCUUGCGGAUGUUGAUUGAUCCCCUUGCAGAGGCGAUGAGAACUAUGCCUGCGUCAAGCGUUGAAGGUUGCGCAGCCAUACCAGAAAGUCUGGAGGAAUGGGCAAAUUUCAAGUUUACUGAUAAGUUGGUAGCACGAAUGCGGGAACGCAAAGGAACGUUUGAGAUUUCCUUAGAAUCCGUUGGUCGACCUGAGCGAAUACUACAUUAUAUCGACUACCUGUGCAGCGGUCUGGAGUCUGCGAGCAUGCACCUGCAAUGUCUUCCCGUAUGCCAGCUUGGCGUGCUCAUCGCUAAAAUUGUGGACAAGGAUGAUUCCCUGGCAUCCGUUUACCAUCUUCGACUGGCCUCGCUCGCGGAUGCUUUGUUCUUAAAAUCAGCUGCCAUAAUGCAUGAAGAGCUUGCAGGAUCCCUCGAGCUCUCUGUCGAAGAAAUUCGGCGAGGACGCGAAGAAGUUAAGCGACAAGAAUCACUCAAAGAAUUGUUGUCGGAUGAUGAGCCCUCGUCUGGUGUGAUCGACGUAUCGAAGCCCCUUCGCCCUUAUGCACUACGUGAUUACUGGAUCGCUCGCGGCGCGUACCUGGAGAAACGCGGUGCCCUGGUCGCAGCCAAUCUUCUUCUGCAGGAGACAAUCCGGCACGCGCGUGCCCAUGAUGAUGUGGCUGUUGAAGCCCGGGCGUAUUUACACCUGGCAAAGUGCGCAGCUCGCGGCAACAUGCCCAUCGAUGCAGUUAAGCUCCAACACCGUGGACAGAAUCUUGGCGGGGACGUUUCAUUCUGGGGAGAAAGCAUGUGUGACUAUACCAUGUACAAGCUCACCACACGAGACGGCAAGCUAUCAGCAAAGGAUUCCCUCGUAACGGCUCUGAACUUGUUGCAGAGCCGUUCAAGUUCUUCCAGAUGUGGUGAUACCCUUGAUACCAAAAUGGUGAUGGCGAGUCUUCUUACCGAGCUCAGUCGGAUUUUGGAGCUGGAAAUCAAGAAUGCGAUAGAGGUGGGCGAGAAUCCACACCCUCAAUAUACUGAUGCUGUGAAUGCCAUUUCUGAAGCAGUCGCCAUCCUGCAAGAUUGUGGAGGUGGCAUUGACUACGUGAACGUUUUGAUGGCAAAGGCCAUGCUGAUGUAUAAAGAUCCGAGUGCAACAGGUGAUCCACGGCCAGGCUUACGAGUUAUCAAGGAGAUUAUUUUCGAGGCCGAGACGGAGGCAGAGCGAAUCUACACAGCCGCUUGCGUAUCCUCGAUAAAUCCUCUCACCAUUUCGUUGCCUGCGGCACGAUUACUCGCAGCAGUUAAGAACGCCAGGGCUGGUUGCCUGUUGGAAAUUGCACAUGCUGAGAAAGUCCUAGAACAUGUGGACAGAGAAAACAACAGACCCGAUUUUCCUUCUAUCCAAGGUGUGGAUGCGACUGCCAUCCUUGCAUUUCUUGACGAUAACGCCCCAGAGAGUUUCAAGGAUACUCUCAAUGACGCAGAGGAGGCAAUUGUCGUUGCUUCGGAAGCCACCAAUUUGCACAAACGCGAUGAUGGCAGAAUCGAUUCACUUUGUCUCUUGGGUGAAGCACUCCUUGCGGUCCACAAUGCUCAAACGAGGACCAAGAUUUGGCGCAAACCCCCUCCAGUUCCUCCGCCGACACCUCCCCCUCCACCUGCACCUCCUACACCAGACGAGAAAGAAGAGGAAGCAGCUGCAGAAGCGGGCGAUUCAAAGGAGGAUUCAGAAGGUGCCGAAACAGAAGACGUGAAGCCUGAGCAAGUAGCUGAUGAUGCGCCUGAAGGUGAUAGGCAGAGCGUAGCGAGUGACGCGGAGACAGACAUCCCUUCAGUCGGCGAGGAAGACGAGGAAGAUGAAGAGUCGCAUUUACCUCACUCCACGUUUCGGGGCGAGCUUGUCAAGCCACGUGCGAUACGUUCUCUCGAGCAAGCUAUACAGUUCGGAAUUGAGGCGUGCAAGUACGAUAUCGUUUCCAAGGCUGCCGUGCAUCUUGCUCAUGCGCAUGGGUCUGCUGAUACCGGUAAAGCAGCAGCGGCUCUUGCGCUAGUGCAGUCCUGCCAAGCCGUUGAAACGCACUUGUCAAUUUUCAUUUCAGCGGCUGACGAGAAGGACAUCGAAUCGCUCAUAAUCAGGAAUGACAGGAUCAUUCAGGGCGCUCUGAACGACAUGACAUCCAGUAAAUACAGUGCUUCACUUUUUGAGCGCUUGAAGACUUCUUGCACAGCAUGGGGGAAACUGCAGAUUGAUGCAAAGCAAGCACUGUCGGCUUCUUCGACUUUGCCCGAUGAUCUCUACGUCUUUUCUUUACAAUGGCUCGUCGGGCGAGGUGGAGAUACGUCGCUAGCGAUCGCCAUCCACGGCAAAGACGAUGAGCGGACUGGUGCGUACGUCGUGUCAGCUAAUCAGGAGCAGCUUGAAGCUGCUGUGCAACUCACCGCGACGUAUCGCUCAAAUGUCGAAAAAGCUGUUAUUGCAGCGAGCUCAUCCGAAGAUCCGGAUGCACUACAAUCAGUGUUCGAAUCCGUGGAUAUUGUCGCGGGUUGGGAUGAGGUUCGAAAAGCAACGGAGUGGGUCCUCGAACCGAUCAUUUCAGCUUGGAGAUCCUUCCUGGGCAAGGGGGGCUCAAAGGAAAAGAAAAUUGUACUGCUGGUUGACGAGGCGCUUGCAUCACUGCCCAUCGAAGCUUUGGAAUUCUUGAACGAUGCCGAGAGUAUUUCGAGAGACUUCUCACUGCAUAUGUUAUCCAAUCGGCUCGCGCGGGGUUCAGACAUUACAGCUGCGCACAUGACGGCGCUAAUUGACCUUCGGAAGGAAGAUUUGCCUCAAUCCGAUGCUGACAAAAUAAGAAUUCCAGGGGAGUUUGCUCUCCUGCAGCAGAAGUUCGGAUCAGGCUGGAAUGUGUUGAUGGGAACACCUGAAAGCAUCCCGGGGGAGGCAGAGUGUCAACGCGCGAUGGCUGCUGCGAAGGCGCUCCUGUACUAUGGUCAUGGUCGGUUUUUGUCAUACGUGUCGCCCUCGGCAGUUGCCAGUGUUGACUUGUCCAGUUGCCGACUUGCUGUAUUGGCAUGCAACACAAACAAUGAAGAAUCCCAAAGGAUGCAGGCGAUGCUCGACGGUAGGAAGACUGCCGAAAAAAAGGCUCUUGAAGAACCUUACAGGACGGCCGCGCUGUUGUCCAUGCGUGGUGUCGAAUCUAUUGUGCUGCCAAGUUUCACUGUAGGGAAUGCAAGAGCCAAUUCGGAAUUCCUUACCUCCGUGUUGGGAGGCGGUCCCGUGGCGAGCUCUGUUUGGAGGGCUGAUACACCAAAGCCACCAAGGAAGGAAGACGAAAUCGAAGAAAAUGAACCGGAGGAGAAGGAAGUUGAGGAACCAGAGGAGGGAGCGAAGGCGGAGGGCGAAGAUGAAGCCGGUGACGAUGAGGCGGAGGCAGUUGAGCCACCGCCGCCUCCACCACCUCCUCCGCCGCCAAGUGGGCCAUACAGGACAUACGUGGUUUACGGGCACCCUCUUGUCAAGAUUAGCUAGUAAGUAGACACGAAAGGUUUCAAUAGGACACGCAAAUGAACC